AUGGCUUCCCUAUCAACGUCGCAUGAUGUGCCCUUGCUCGUUCGAUCCGACACCUCCUCGUCUGAGCGGCGCGUGUCGCCCGCAUGGACCAUUGCGACGCUCAAGGGCCGUCUGGAACCCAUCACGGGCAUUCCUGCUUCGUGCCAGCGCCUCAGCCUGAAGAUUGGGUCGCAGCCGCCGCUGCCGAUCGAGGCCGCAGAUGAUKAGACGACGCAAAUAGGAUCGUGGCCGCUGCAGGCCUAUGCAGAACUGCAGGUGGUGGACACUCGCCCGCCCGGCGUCCGUACAAACUACACCGACGUCUCCGGGGUGGAAAAGUAUGAAAUGCCCGUGGACGAGUACGAAACACGUACGGACAGCGUUCUCGCCUGGAAGAAGAAGCAAAAACUUGGCCGCUUUGAUCCCAACGCACCUGACAUUGUGCAGCAAAAGGUCAACGUCUCUUACCGCGAAGUGGAGGAGCGAGGCGUGAAGCAAGGUGCACGGUGUCGCCUGCUACCAGAGACUGACCACCGCCGGGGAACUGUGCAAUACAUCGGUGACGUUCCCGAAAUCCCCGGUGUGGGCGCUUGGGUGGGCGUUGCUCUGGACGAACCCACCGGCAAGAACGACRGCAGCGCCAAGGGACAGAGGUACUUUGACUGUCAGCCAAACUUCGGAGUCUUUGUCCGCGCCGAGCGAGUCGAGGUCGGAGAUUUCCCUGUUCUUGACGAGUUCGCCGAUGAGGAUGACGAGUUUUGA